CCACAGUGGGAGGACCCCGCCAGACAUUAAUUGAGCACCCUCCCCUCCUCUCCUCAGUCUCCUCCUGGCUAACUUCUCGUCGACACGCCACUUCAGUUCAGAUUAUUUCGGGACUGGAUACGACAAGCACUCUCAAGAAGAUGGCUUUCCUACACAGAACAUUUCUACAGCUGUUCCUUCAUAUGUGCCUCCUCAACUGGAGCGCAUGGGCCAAGGUGGAGGUGACCAUGCAUGAGACUGUUGAGGUGUACCUGGGUGACUCAGCUCAGAUCCCCUGCCAGUACAGAUUCACUGACGCCAACAACAAGCCCAGCUUUGUCAUGAUCCAGUGGUUUGUGAGAUUUGAGGGUAACAGCUCACGGACGCGGAUCUUCUACAGCGAUGUCAGUCAGCAGAUGGUGGACAACAGCACAGACUACAGCGGUCGCAUUGUGGUGACUUCAGACCAGCAGGGAACUCGACUCACCAUCCAAACCGUACAACUCUCUGAUGAGAGGGAAUUCUUCUGCCAGGUCAACGGACUGGAUGCCGGGAACGCUGAAGGCAAGACCUACCUCAGAGUGUUUGCUCCUCCAGAAGCUCCAGUGAUUGAGGGUGUCCCUACUGGACUAUCUGUGACCAGUGAGGUGCCAGUCAAGGUUGCAUCUUGUGAGACUCGGAACGGCUUCCCUAAACCCAACAUCACCUGGUACAGGAACAGCAAGCCACUGGUGUCUGCACUGGGACAUGUAAACGUGUUGACCUUGGUGACCCGGGAUACCAGGGAUACCAGUAGCUUCUUCUCCGUCCAGAGCACGCUGGAGUACAAGGUGGUUAAGGAGGACAAGGAUGCCCACUUCUCCUGUGAGGUCAGCUUCUUCGUCCCAGGAGCUAUCAGGACAGUCGAGUCCAACAGCAUCAAUAUCACUGUUCACUACCCCACCACCGAGGUGAAGAUGUGGAUAGAGUCGCCCCAGGGCUUUGUCAAAGAGGGGGAUACUGUGGAGCUGCGUUGCCAGGGUAAUGGCAACCCCCCGCCGGCCUUCAUUUUCAACAGAAAACAAAAACUAGAUGUGGACUUGGAGAACAACAGUAAUGUGUUGAUCCUGCAAUCAGUGUUACGGAAAGACAGCGACAUCUACCAGUGUCGCCCCUUGGACACCGACAGCUACACCAAGGUCCAAAAGAAGGAGCUCACCGUGCACUACUUGGACGCAGCUGUGGUGGUACCUAAAGAAUCAGAAGUCAUGUUUAAAGGAGAAGAUCUGACUGCAACCUGUAAUGCUCUGUCAUCCUUGCUUACAUCCACUUUCUGGUACAAGGAUGGACAGCAGGUGGGUAAGGGGCAUACAUUGCAUCUAAAGGAUGCCACCUAUGAAACAUCAGGAGAGUAUGUAUGUGAGGUGACUGUUCCCUUGCUGCCCGCCCUGCACACCAGCGGCUCCGUUAACAUCAUCGUCCAAGGUGGUCCCCAGGUGGUGGGAGUGGAGCAGGAGGUGCAGCUGGAGGUGGCAGCAGGCGGGAUGGUGAACCUAAGCUGUGAGGCUCAGGGCCAUCCACUGCCCAGCAUCACCUGGAACAUCAUUGGCAGCCAGAACUGGAAUGAGGUGGUGAACAAGGCAAGUGGACACAUGACUCACAGCGUGGUGUCAGUCAAAGUCACCUCAGAUAUCAGCGCUGUGUGCAACGCUUCCAGUGACAUGGGCACUGAAGGAAAGGCUUUCAGCAUCAAAGCUAUUCCCGGAGUCACCUCAACUGCUCGCUUCUCUCCGGCUGAGGGCAGUGGGGUGAUCAUAGUGGUGAUCAUACUGUGUCUGCUGCUGCUGGCCAUCCUCGGCAGUGUUCUCUACUUCCUGCAUAAGAAGGGAAAGAUCCCUUGUGGACGCUCAGGGAAACAGGAGAUCACCAAAGAAAAGACCACCAAAGAUGACAUUGUCGUGGAGAUGAAGACCAACACAAAGAAUGAGGACACCGUCCUCCUAAAAGCUGUCAACGGAGACAAAAAGGUCCGUAAUGACCAGUAAAGACCCUGAUGGUUCAGCAGCGUUGUGCGGCAGGAGGCAGGACACAUGAAGCCAGCAGUCGGUGUGUGUUGGAGCAGAGGAGGCAGUAGAUGCUCCCACUGAUAUGAAGACCUGCAGGGAAACACCACCUUACAGUCCGGACGUUCCCCCAUUUGCUUUGUUCUAAGCAGUAUUCAGUAGAUUUAAACACAACCUCAUUCAUAUACAGACAUUACAUAAACACUUUGUCUUACUAUCUUCGUGGGGAACACUCACUGACAUAAUGCAUUCCCUGACCCCUUACCCUAACUGUAACCUAAUUCUAACCUAAACCGUAAAAUCAAGUAUUAACCGUCAAACAGCCCUUUAAACUUGCAGAGUUCAGCAUUUUGGUCCACACAACGGUGGUCAGUCCCAACAAGUAUUGUAAAGCCUGGUUUUGGACCCCCGAACAUUGUAAAACAAAAACACAAACACAGGUAUGUAUGUACAGAUGUGUAUUUCCUGUUGAAUGAAUGUUCGCUUCCUGGACAUUCAGUUUCUCCCAUUUGUUUUGUACUAUUUCCUCAAACUGCGUUCAGCUCUCAGCUCUUGUUCAGCGUGUGUAUGAUGGUGUCUCGUGUGCAUCAUCAGCUUUUGUUUUUUCUUUUGUUGUUUUUUUAUGAAAGUGUAUAUAUUAUAUAUAUUUUGUUAUUUAAGAUAUUUUGGCACUCAGAUUUUCAUUUCACGGUACCCUCUGGGUCAUGUGCAUGCUGAUCCAUGUUCAUGGGUCCAGGUGAGUUUCAGGACAGGAUAUGAUGUCAGACCAAACACUAGCUGCUCCUCUGUGGCAGCUCUUUACCGUUGACCUGAAGAAGUGUUCGAGUGUUUGUGCAUGUUUGACAUGUUUACUACAGAUAACACAUACAGUACUGCUGACCAUUCAGUAUAGGUUUUUGUUCGUUUCUGUACAGUUUGAGGAUCUUUUAACAACAUUAAUCGCAGGCAUGGAUGUUAAUCUCUGUGAUGGAUUACUGAACUCCAUCAAGUCUAAAGUUUCAACGUGUUUUUUAAAAACGUGAAAUAAAUGUAAAGCAGUGGUUGUGGAAGGUAGAAAUACAUUGAAUGUCUAAGUAUAGCUCUCUCCAGUUUAUGAUGUAUCAUCACUGCAUUCAAGUCACAGAGCUAAGCAUCAGAGUUUUUUUUGGAAAAAGAAAAUGUGAUGAUCUUUGAGAAAGCUGUUGCCUAACACUUCGUGUUGUUUUGUUGAAGGUGUUUCCAGGCUUCUUAAAGAGUCUUCUGCAACAACCAAAUAUUCCAUCCGCUGUAUUUUUAACCCAUUUUCUAAUAUGAAACUGUAUUUCCUUAAAACAAUGACCAGAUAUGACACAUCACCUUGCUCUCUUCUGUAUGAAAAUAUUUAUCAAGAACAAUCGACAAAAAAAGAAUUCUAAAUUUUAUCCACAGUUGUGACAUAAUGCCAGUCAUUGCAGAACUGAAAGUAACAUCUGGGUCUGACUCAUGUUUUUUAUUCUUGUGUACUUUCUGGACACCAUCUUAGGAAAAUGGGUUAAAAAUAUUUUAUAUUGUGCAGUGGGUGGCAUUUAAAAAAACAUCCUGAUGGGUAAAAAAAGCUUUUGAGGAAUUUUGAAAUACCUUUAGAAGUAAGAGGGGGGUUUUUUUUGUUUGUUUGUUUUUAAGACCUUCUGGUUUUGAGACACAAACUGGAGCUAUUCUACAGGAUGCUUAGAUGGUCAGUGUGCCUGAUUUAUAGUAAACCAGCUAAAACAUGCAACAACACUGCUAUGCUCCUUUAAGGGCCCGUGUUGUGAAUAUGUACUGAUAGCUCACUGUGUAUAGGUUAUUGUGACGAACAUUUUGUUGCUGCGAGCGCCACAUUGCCCAGAUGACUUGCAACAUUAACAAAGUAGUGAUUUUUUUUUCUGUUGUCUUUUUUUUUUUUUU